AUGGCCCGGCUGAAACUCUCUGUGCUUACGUGGCUCGUCACUGCAAUAACACUAGUUUUAAACGUAUUCGUAUACUUCUACCCGGAUAUAGUCAAUUACCCGCAUCAGUGUCAAUGGCACAAUACCAGCGUGCGGAGCAAGUAUGCAAUUGUGAACGCUUUCUUGCCCAAGGCUCCAUGGAUGGAAACCGUCUUGCUUAAUUUCCCAAGCCUUCAGGAGCGCAAAGCUCAUAACGCCUACGAACAUGGUCGUGUUUCUGAUAUCAACAUGCUAGCGUUCGGUGAUCCCCAAAUCAACGGCAACUGGGCCAGCACACCAUACAUCAAACGGCUCGAUAACUAUGGCAACGACUACUACUUGGGCCAUAUAUAUAACAUCAUGAAACGCCGAUUGCAGCCCAGUCACGUGGCGGUGAUGGGCGACCAGUUUUCGCUGCAAUGGAUCUACGAUUCCGAGUUCUACAACCGCACGCGUCGCUUUGUGGAGCGAUUGUUUCCUCGUGGUGCUGCUUACAAAAAAACUGUGCUUGACACGUGGGCAAAGCACGAAGAUUAUGACUGGCAAGCUUGGCUGGAGAGAGAGGAAAAGUUAGACCCUCGCGACCGGUUCUUGUCACGCUCAUAUCGGGAUAUAUAUGACUGGUAUCUCCCUGACUCACCGCAGCCUAACUUUGAGAACCCUUUGUUCAUAAACUUGACAGGAAACCACGACGUAGGCUAUAGCGGAGACGCCACGUGGCAACAUAUGGCGAGGUUCCAUCUACUUUUUGGUCAGAACAACUAUGUCAUCACAUACAACGCCGGAUUGCCUGAAGAAUGGCGUCUUGUGGUCUUGGACUCGCUCAUGUUGGAGGGCCCGGCCCUCCAAGAGCAAUUUAGAGAGUACACAUGGUCGUUUUUGGAGAACUUGAAGCAGUCCAAUGCUGGCUUCAAAGGCUCCACGAUCUUACUCACCCACAUCCCUUUCUACAAAAAGUCAGGCUUGUGUGCUGACGGGCCUGAGCAUAUCUACUACGACGAGAACUACGAAAGAGAGCCAUACAAGAAUGGCAAGCUUCGGUCGCAGAACCAUCUCUUAUACGAAACUACUCAGCAAGUUUUGGACAUAGUCUUUCCUAAUGCCGACAAAGAAGGUAUUAUCUUGACUGGACAUGAUCAUGUCGGUUGCGAUACGUGGUACAGCCAUAUAAACGGUGAGUGGGUAUCCGACCAUGAGAAGAAGCAGAGUGACCGUAAACAUAUCCACGAAGUGGUGGUGCGUGCCAUGAUGGGAGAGUUUGAUGGGCAGACGGGCUUGGUGACGGGCCAGUUCGACUAUGCUGAAUCUGCAUGGAAGUUCGAGUUCACGUACUGUUCAUUUGUGAUCCAGCAUGUGUGGUGGGCUUCCAAGGUUACGCUUCUUUUGGCUGUGCUCUUACAUUCGUUUAGCUUUGCUUUCUGA